GGGGGCAUCUUUAGAAAAGUUGUUCAUCAAUCCGUACGCGAAUGCUAUCUAGAAUCAAAGAUCCAUCGAUGUGAUGGAAGUUCACCCAAAUGGGACGAUAAAAGCGAUGAAGAAGGAUCAAUAUCGUCCGGACCACCUGCUGGAAGCAUGGCUUCGCAUGUACCGCCGUUCACUCUCCUGCUUCGUUUGUCAAAAGGUGCUUUUGUGUCCGAAGUUCAAACACCAGAAUGCCCUAUUCAUAAAGGGCAAUUUUACGAUCCCUAUCUUGAUAUUUGCCGUACUGGUGAGGCUAUAAGACCUCCUGUUAAGCGAAACAUUGACAAAUACGACGUCGUCGUUUGGUUUGCUGUGACCGAAGUGGCGUUCCCUUCUCUGAAGGAAGUCGCAUCCUCCCUGGCUCAAACAUUCAACCUCGAGCGCUCUCAAAUGACAACAAUGAAGAUUAUACCGCUUGAAUCGCCUCGUGUGCAGGUUGUACGUUUCACCCUUCAGCUGUCAAACGAACAGACUUUAAACUUGGGGAAACAAACAACGAGCCUGGCCAUUUCGCCUUUCCAAAAUCAAUCGAAAAUUGUGACAAAUGUUCUUCCGCUACGAAGGCUUCUUUUCUUCUCGGGGGAAUUCAACCUGACGCUUUCUAAAAAGAACCACAGUUCCUCGAAUUCCACGUCCUAUGUCUACGCAACAAUCACCGUUUUCAAAACAGCAUCCCGUUCGCUCGCUUGCAUCCGAAAACAAACUUAUUCACCUGGUAGAUAUACUUCAGUCGAGAACGGUAAAUAUUAUUACAUCAACUCAACCGGCAAGACAUUUGCCAAAAACAAAGUGUUUUUCGAAAAUGAAAGUAUUUCGAUUUGCGAACAGGUCGUAUUCUCGAACUGUGUUGGAAUUAGAGUGAAUCUUACUUCGGAGGAAUACGUGAAGUUUGAUAAUUUGAGCAUCUUUUACAACAGAACAAACACCGUGUAUGAUUUUGGAGAAUACGAUAUAGAAAAUGGGCAGAUUUUCAUGUGUGUUCCUCAGGUUUUAAGAAAGUUAAUCUUUUGGACUCCCAAAGAUGGUUUCGUUGUGGAGACGUAUUUGACUAUUAUUUGUCUUUCUUUGUCUUUGGCGGGUUUAUAUUUGGUCAUUCAAACCUACCUCGUGUUUCCAGAGCUCCGAAAUCUCCCCGGUAAAAAUCUUGUGAGCUUAUCAAUUUUGCUAUUCCUGGCGCAAUUGUUUUGGUUGCUUCCCGACCGUUAUUACCCGUCGCUGCUUUGCCACAUCAUCGCGGUCGUUAAGCAUUACCUAUUUCUAGCAACAUUCGUUGCUAUGGCAAUAAUUGCGUGGCACACGCAUACGGUGUUCAUUUGCAAACAUGUCGGAGAGAAGCCGUCCGCGAAAGAAAGCGAUAGAAGAAAAUUUCUCAAAUAUUCGGCGAUCGUUUGGGGUCUUCCCGCCAUUUUUGUGGUCACGUGUGCGGUGCUCGAGAAAGAAGACAUCUACGCAGUUUAUGUUAAUGAAGCGUGGUGUUGGUUUGAUAAUGAACAAGCGCAAACCUAUCUAUUCAUUCUUCCUAUUGGCCUUCUUCAAUUCUUCAACAUCAUUUUCUUCUGCUUAACUGUGUUUCGUAUUUACCGUGUUCGUUCGAAUACAAGGUCCGCGUGUGGGUUAACUCAAAGCCAUAAGACGCUGCUCUGGAUCUACCUCAAGCUGUCGUCUUUGAUGGGCUUUAGUUGGUUGUUUGGUUUCAUAUAUCUGCUCGUCGAGCACCCAGUCUUCUCAUAUUUGUUCGUGAUUUUCGCCUCACUCCAGGGCGUCUACAUCGCCUUUGCAUUCGUGAUGAAGAAAAGAAUUUGGAAGAAAUACAUGAAAUUACUAGGAAGGAAUGUUUACAUUCCUGAUUAUCGAUGUACUCUGGUCGAAAACUUAAAUAACAGCAAAGAGACUAGAGUUUGAACAAUGAUAGAUGUGAGAUAGAAGUUGUAAGAAAGCAGCUUGAUAGGUCGGGGGGGGGGACAUAUUAGGCACUGGAGACGCGGUUACACGCCAGGGGAGUAUUUGAAGCUUAUAACAUAUAUGGCUUAUAACUUGUUCAUGCACAAUGAUGAAUAAUGACAGAAAAAAUAUCUUGUCAUCUUAAUAUUUGUGAAUAGCAGCAACCGAAAAUCUAUCGUACCCCAAAUUCCCUCAUUUUUCCCAAAUACCCCUGAUUUUUACAG